AUGCAUUGCCAGACACUCCCGUCAGACGUUUUCAACCUGCAUUUCACCUCUGCACCUACCUACUCCUCACAGUCUUAUCGCUUCACUGGCCAAGCAAUGCGUCUGCGGCCCGAAGAGAGACAAAGUCUAGACUCAAAUGCGCGACUCAAGCCGGGGAUGGGGGUCGCCGACAUGAUGCUGAUUGCGUACGGAAAUACCGGAGUGAUUUCGGUCACGUUUGUGGUGGGUUUGGAUGAAUCCGACUCGAAACGUGCGGUGACGGAGGGCAGAGUCAUCCCCACACCGUGGCCCAGCUGGUUGGCAGGCGCCGAUUUCUGCCCCAGUGGCUUUGCCAUGCAGAAGGGGUAG